CAAACAGGCUAAAAUACAGAUGACUCAGAGAUAUGGGUCGCUCACACUUUGUAAACAACUGAACAAGCAGUUCAGAAGCGGAAAAUUAACACAGUCUUUUUCAACAGGUAGAAUCAAAAUGAGGGCAGACAGGAGUGUUGACAUACCCAUUUAUGACAUCUCUCAACUCAGAGGCAUGUGGGAACACAGAGUAAUAAAAUACAAAGAAAAACAGAAGAAGGAACGGGAACGAAUACAGAACAGUGCUUUAGAGAAGAUCAAUCAGGAAUGGCAGUAUCGCAUAGAGUGCAAGAAAUUGCAGUCCAAUGAGUUGGAAGUACUCCAACAUUACCUGGGUAGAACCGCUCAGAAUGAAAAGCCCCACUAUACAGGUGCAAAAUCCCCUUUAUCCAAAUUCAUUUUGGAAAUGGAUGGUGAUGAUUUGGCGGAACUCCCUGAAAGUAUUCUAGAUAAGCCACAUCUUCGGGAAAUGCACAUAAGAAGAACUACAAUCUACAAAAUUCCAGGGUGGAUUGAACAGUUUCCACACCUCAGCGUAAUAAAUAUGCCCAAAAACGGAAUUCAGAGGCUGCCAGUUGAAAUAGGUAAAAUUAAAAAAUUGAGGGUACUGAUUUUGAAUUAUAACAGGAUAACCAGCAUUCCUCCAGAACUUGGUGAUUGUGAAAAUCUGGAGAAAUUGGAACUAACUGGAAAUUUUCUUGAAGAAUUACCGUUUGAGUUAAGCAAACUCAAGAAAGUCACACAUCUGGAUUUAGCAGAAAACACAUUUGCAAGCAUUCCAAUCUGUGCUCUACGUAUGACAAGCCUAAAGCUGUUGGACCUGAGUAUCAACAUGUUGACUGAUUUGCCAGAAGAUAUGGAUAGAUUGGACAAAUUGGAAUCCUUGUUUCUACAUAGGAAUGACAUGGAGUAUUUGCCGAACUGUUUGGAAAAUAUCACCACACUCAGGAUGGUUGUUGUCAGUGGAGACACUUUGAAGUCUUGGCCUCCAGUGUUUGAAGAAAAUUCCGCCAUCAAAUUCAUUAAGCUAUAUGACAACACUGUUGAUGCAAUAGACUAUGGUGAUGAGGAGAUUUUGGAAACAAUGCAAGACCAUGAGAAAGAAUUUAUGAAGACAUACAUUCACACACUAAAGGAAAGAGAAACAGCCCCAACAUACACAACCAAAGUGUCAUUCUCUUGCUUUCUGUAAUGAAGACCAGAAGAAAACAGAUGGAGACUCCAUGUCUCUCCUCAGAACACUACAGUGGCACUACAGGGUUCAAGCUGACUGCCAUCCAGACAUUUGCCAGAUCUCACAAAACCUGGAAAGCUGAUAAACAGCUAACUGCAUCAUAAUGUAGCAAUCAAAUG